AUGGUCCUCAUUCAAGAAUUCCCCGAUGCCCUACCACAUCUUGACCCAGAACCAUCUCCCUCCGCACGCGCUGCUAUCGACUCCCUGAUAUCUUCGGAACUCGAUGCCUCCCAUACGACUACACUCCACGCUUCAGUCCCGACCUGGGAACCAACUUUCACCCUGUUGAUGCAACAGGAGCUCCGGCGCAUCGACUCGAAAGCCCCACGCGACCCGAACACCGGCAUCGAUCUCUCUCGCUACGAAGCGCUUUCCGCCGCCGACGCAGAUCCCACGCAUCCCGAAAAUGAAUUAGAAGCAUGGAAACGUACCCUCCGGCGCGCCUACACCUCGCACAGCUAUCUAACCGAGCGAACCCACGCACUCGCGCUGCUCGAGACGUUCGGGAAGAACGCGUGGUUGAUCGGGAACCACGACAUGGAGGCGAUCCUGCGCGGAUUGGAAAAAGAGCUGGCGCAGCGGCGGGACGAGGUGGAGCAAGUGGAUGCGGAACGUGAAGGGAUGCAGAGGGAGGUGGAGGGCGAGUUGCGAGGGCUAGAAACAGCGUGGAAGACGGGGGUGAGGAUGAUGGUGGAGACGGGGGUUGCGGUGGAGACGUUGAGGGCACAGGUGUUGGAGAGGCGGAGGGCGGCGGCUUGA